AGUGAUAAAAAUGGAUGAGGAAUAUGGAGUGAAUAAAACGCAGGCGCAUAAUCUUCUGGGACAAAAGACACAAACACCACAGAAAAGAAAAGACAAUGCACUCACGAAAACCUUACGUUCAUGCUGCUACAUACCACAACGGUACAUUUUGGGUGUUAUGGGCUUGUUGGGCGUCUGCAAUGCUUACACCAUGCGUGUAUGUUUGAACUUAGCUAUAACCCAAAUGGUGAAUCGCACAAAGUCCAGUACAGACCAUUUCGAUCCCGACGCCUGCCCCAACGACGAAAUCGUUGGAAAUGCAACUGCUAUUCUUAAACCAUACGCAAUCUUCGACUGGGACGAAAAGACACAGGGAUUAAUAUUAAGUGGUUUUUACUAUGGUUACGCGGCCACUCAAGUACCGGGCGGAUAUUUGGCUGAAAAGUUCGGAGGGAAAUGGACUUUGGGUGUUGGCCUUCUAAGUACCGCACUGUUUACAUUCUUGACACCAAUUGUCAUUCGGGCAGGGGGUGCCACUUGGUUGUUUAUACUGAGAGUUCUGCAGGGAAUGGGAGAGGGUCCAACCAUGCCAGCCCUUAUGAUAAUGCUGGCGCGAUGGGUACCACCCCAUGAGAGAGGUUUUCAAGGCGCCCUGGUGUUUGGAGGCGCCCAGAUUGGGAACAUAUUCGGCUCAUUCAUGUCUGGAAUACUUUUAGCCGAUGGCAAUGAUUGGGCGUACGUAUUCUAUUUCUUCGGAGGCUUUGGUAUACUUUGGUUCGUUUUGUGGAGUCUUUUAUGCUAUUCAACGCCGAAUUCGCAUCCUUAUAUCACGAAGAAGGAAUUAAAUUACUUAAAUAAGAAUGUAACUACUGCUGAGACGAGCCAUGCAAAGGACCCGGUACCCUGGAAGGCAAUAUUGCGAUCAGUGCCCGCCUGGGCGCUUGUUUGGGCUGCGGUCGGCCACGACUGGGGCUAUUACACAAUGGUAACAGACCUACCCAAGUACUCUCACGACGUUCUCAAAUUCAAUAUUGCAACCACUGGAGUCCUAACCGCAUUGCCAUAUAUUGCGAUGUGGCUAAGUUCCUUUGUAUUUGGUUUCGUUUGCGACAUAUGUAUCAAGAAAGGCUGGCAUACGAUCAAGACUGGGAGAAUCAUUCACACAACUAUUGCUGCUACCGGUCCUGCAAUUUGUAUAAUAAUGGCAUCUUACGCUGGCUGUGAUAGAGUUGCUGCUAUGGUAUAUUUUGUAUUGUCUAUGGCUCUGAUGGGAGGUUUCUACAGCGGUAUGAAGGUAAACGCAUUGGAUUUGGCACCAAAUUAUGCUGGUUCACUGACAUCUCUUGUCAAUACGACAUCGACAUUCGCUGGAAUCAUAACACCCUACCUCAUAGGAUUGUUGACGCCUGACUCAACACUCGUGCAAUGGCGGACAGCAUUCUGGGUAUGUUUCACAGUGUUAGUUGGUACGAACGUAGUUUACUGUAUAUGGGCGGAUGGGGAGCAACAAUGGUGGGAUGACGUCAGAAAGUUCGGCUACCCAGCAGACUGGAAGCACGGAUCAAUUUUACGAGAUGACACCAUUGAACAACCAGAAGCAGUUAAGCUAUCGAGCAGAAAAGACACUGAUGAUGAUUAGGAAAAGUUUUUAGGUCCUGCGUACAAAAAUAGAACUCAUGUGUGAACUAUUGAUCGAUAUUAGGAGCCCAGUGUGUAAAAUACGUUUGAACAUCAGUUAUAUUUUAAAUAAUUAUUAUUUACGCCAUUUUUAUUUGCCAUAAUUUAGAUCGUAAUUAAAACCAUAGACUUACUGUUUAACUAAACUUGUUUUAACUAAAGUAUCUCUGACAGUGUGUUAACGUUGAAGAAGAUCAGUGCCUUAAUUAAUAAAAAUAUAUAGUUUAAUGAAUAAUAUAGUUUCAAAAUGUUUUAGUACUUUUCAAUUUAAAAUGACACUUCAACUUCUUGAUCUAAAUCAGACAAGUUAUUUUGUGUUAACUACUUUCAUCUUUUUUUCUUAUGUUGUUCAUGCUGUGUGGAAGAGUUCACUAAUUUAUUCGCUCAUAAUUGCUUACAGCUGUAUGAAUAAAAGCUACAUAAUAUACCCUUACUUAUUAAACUAAAACAAUUUGUUUUAACUGAUCUGUUUCCACAAAAUGUGAACAACAUAUUUUUGGUGAAGUUUCACGCUUAUUUUAAAGUGAUUUGAGCUAAUUUAGUAUUCAUAGGUCGUGUCGAAACAUAUUUUUUAUAACCUAUAAGUGAAUUUCUGUUUUAGAAAUAAUAUUUGCGUAUACUGGGCUUUUAAACUUAGUUAUAUGAAUAUUAUAUUUAGACAAUUUAGAUUAAAAAUCAUCAAUUGUGUUACCCAUUGUCGUUGUUAUGAUGUAGAUAGGGUUUAAUAAAUAAAUUGUUAAUUAUUAAAAUAAAUCUACCUUAAUGAAUAAAAGCGAGUUUAAAAAAUCUUUUAUAUGGAGUUACUUAAAUAAAAUGUAAUGUAUUCGCGUUCUGUUAAAGUUUUAAUAAAAUUAAUAGACAAUUUUAUACUCCAUACUGUAAACAAUUUUCGUUAUGUGUCUGUUAUUAAAACAAUUUAAUGUAGUUUUAUAUUACGUAAUUUCUAUAAUAGCUGUAAAAAAAUAUUGUAUUGCAGACCUAUCAGCCCACCUAGUCAGUUUCUGAAUUUUGUAUAACAUCGUUUUGUUUGUAUAUGUAAUGUAUGUACACUGUAUAACUGUCUGCAUGUGUUUAAUACUCAUUAAAUUAUAAAUUGGUUA